AUGCGAAGAGUUCACGAUAUACUGACCGGUGCCGCCGGGAAUCUUCUGCCGACCACUGGUUUUGACUUUUCGGAGAAAGGUGCUGUAACCCCUGCCGACUUCAUGGCAGCUGGCGAUGCCAUUGUUGCAGAAGAUUCCAGAUGGGAGUGGGUGUCCGAUGGCUCCAGCUCUGCUUUGGAUUGCCUAAACGCCGAUAAGCAAUACUUGUGCGCAUACGAUAUCCCAUGUCUCCGCAUACCCAAACUCGUCACGUCAGAAGUAGGGGAUUGGAAGCUAUGCGAGCUCGCCCGUGACGCCGAAGGUCCCGCCUUCGCUCAUCGUACAGACAGCGAAAUCCCAUCGUUAGAGCCGCGCAUUGUCGAAGGUGAUUGUAACGACCUCUACGAUAAUGGCACACCAAGCCGCCCGUAUCGGCGAUACGAUAUAAGCAUAACCUAUGACCGCUACUACGAAACGCCCAGAAUAUGGCUCAUAGGCUUCGACGCGUUCGGGCUCCCGCUUUCACACAAUGAAAUGCUGAACGACGUCCCCUCCGUCUACGCCGGAAGAACGGUAACGGUAGAGCGCCAUCCUUACACUGCGGAGCUGAACAUAACCGUGCAUCCGUGCUAUCAGAUGGAAGCGCUGCAUAGGCAAAAGAGCAGCAAUGCCGCAUAUAGGCCGGAAAACGCAAUCACGUUCGCCCUGCAGAUAUGGUCCUCCGUGUUACCGAUGUUUUGUCUGCUGUCACAGCAAGAAAAUUGUCAAUCUCAAACAGAGGCAUAA